CUUGAUUAUUAUUAUUAUUAUUAUUAUUAUAUACUUGAGCUUUUAGUUUUUUAAAAUAGAUUAUAAACUGAAGAGUCGACGAGAUAACAAAAAAUGGAGAAUUUAAAGAGAUACAUGUAAUAGAUUGAGGUCUAUUUUGAAUAAAGGUACCUCAAUGCGACCCUAAUCUUGAAUAAAGUAUUAUUACGGUGCGAUAUGAUAACAACAUUGCUCUCGAGAGAAACUAUCACAGCGAGCCAGUUUACGGUGACUCGACGAAAAAGAACGACGUGCGUUUGCGAUGCACUAACUCACUUAUUAACAUAACUAAAUUCAAGAAUGGGUUGUGUCAAUAGUCGAAUAGAUAACGAUCUACAGUCAAAUGUCUUUCGAGUUAUGAAUGUUGAUGAUUUUGGAAAUUUAGUUACACCAGGCAAGUUAGAAGUUACACAGUCAGAAAUAAUUUUGCACCAAAAAAGAAAAUCACCAGUCAGGUGGCCAUUGCGAUGCAUUCGUCGUUAUGGGUAUGAUGCUGGAAUUUUUAGUUUUGAGUGUGGAAGGCGUUGUCCUACUGGUCCAGGGAUAUAUGCCUUCCAAUGCCGUAAAGCAACUCAACUAUUCAACCUUGUACAAACCAACAUCCAGGUCUGUACAAUUGGUGAUGAUGCUAUUUCAAGAGAUAUGCCUAAUAGUCAGUCGGGACCUAAUUUAACACGGGGGACAAUAUCAACGGAACCUCAUUCUCUAGAUCCAACACCAGCACGACCUAAUUCUGGAGUUUUAUCAUUAUUUUCUCAUAUUCAGCAGAAUGGAGUAGAACGAUUGAGUAGCAUUGAAAGCAGCAGCGGUCCAAUGUCACCUCAAGGCACAAUGGGCUCAUCUUCACCUCCAGUAGUACCACUAUUAUUGCCACCACCCCCUAUCCCUGAUGACCCUCCUCAUUCUUAUCCGUCCUCACUUAAUGUCAAUGAUGAAGUUCGGUCUAACAUUGCUGUGGACACUGAUCUCAAUAUCAGUAAAAGCCUGGCAAGAAGGUCAAUUCAGAGAUCGCAUACAGUAAGCAGUUCCAAUUCGAGCAGUGGUUUUCUAUCGUUCGAGCAAAUGUCAAGUCAAGUGAUCAGCAGCGAAAGAUGUUCGUCUCAUUCGUCGACAACUCGUCGGGUAUUACUGCUACCCUCGGCGCCAUCCUACAUAAAUGUGGACCUCAGCAGUGAUAUCAGUCCCCUGUCUCGGUCUCUGACCGGUGGGUAUUCUUCCACGCCUCCAAGAGAAGACACAGCCGACUCGACAGACGCUGCUGGUCAUGCUUAUAUGAACAUCAGUCCCGGUCAAGAAAAGCUAGAACCUGUAACCACGGCUGUUUUAGAUCGAUCAUCUGCUCAGGCGAAUAUUCAGCAACAGCAGCACGAACCAGAUGACGGGCCAAGACACUGCUACGCGAAUUUGGAGGCGACUGAGAUCGAGGGUUUGAAGAAACGAUUUUCUACAACAUCCUUUGCUGAAAAAUUGUCACUGCACGCACAAACUCCUCCGCCGAUUACCAACAAUAGCGUGGCUAUUCGCGAGGUGAGUUACGCCGUCCUCGAUUUGGAUACGAAAGAAGCGACGAGUGGAGCGAUAAUGACAUCGACGGUAGCCACCGCGAUAACAACGACGACGACGACGACGAUGAUGACAGCGACAGAGACAUGUACGACAACGGCAAUGACGAUGACGACAGAAACGACAUGUAUAGCGGCAACGACGACGGAAGAACCAGCUGAAAAUAGUCAACGGAUGUCGACACCUCCGGACUCGCCGAACAAGAGCCACCAAAUUGGCUAUGUUACCAUUGACUUUAACAAAACAGCCGCUCUGUCCCAGUCGGUGAAUUCGAGUUUGGUAAAUGACAUUGACGAAGGUUUGAGGAAGACUCGUCAUAACUCAACGAUUAGCGAGCUCAUCGCGCCUUCGUCAACCAGGCAUAACUCGUUCAUGAGUGAGUGAUUAACGGCAUCGUUUAAUUUUUAUUUUCCGCCCUUCUCUUAUCUCGGUACAAUUUCGUCGUUGCAGUGAUGAGACUAAUACCUGACUCUGUUUCUCAUUAAUGCUUUAUUUUUCAUCGAUAUAGACGCGAGAAUCGAUUAUUUUUUACGAUUUGAUUGUCUGAUAAGGUGUCAGGGUCAUAAAUGUUGACCUGCUACUGUUUCAAAUGUUACCCUAUCGUUCAAUUUCAUUCUGCCGAUUACAAAGAAAUAUCAAUAUUCAUGAUGAAAUGCCAAUGCUGACGAAUCACUAUUUUGAUAAGCUGUAAUACGUUGGCGCUAACAUUUCAAGCCCAGAUUAGAUAUCGUCAUUAAUUUGAAUUGAUCUCGACUGGAAUACCAAUGAGGAACCGCGCAUUAAUCAUAAUAUUUAAUGAAAAGUGCAAGGUUACCUUUUUUUAUGAGGUUUACAGGCUUUUACGCUGAAAAAUAACGAUUGACAUUGCGCGUGGGUAUUUAUUAACAUCAUGAUGCAAGUCAUGGAAAAGUUCGAACUGUCUUUAUUACCAAAUGUUCAGUUCAUCACAUACGUUCUAGAUAAUGUCAAAUAAAAGAUAUCUGAUAAGCAAAGAAGGCGCGUUUAACAGGAGGCAUUAUUGAAUUAAAAGAGAGAUAAAUAUUUAUAAUAUAUAUUAGCACGAAUCGAUAAAUUGGUCAUAAGCAAGAAACAAUAACGAAAAAAAAAACUUCAUUACAUCCAUUAACGUAACGGAGUCAUCAACUUAUAAAUGGCCUCUUAAAAACAUAGUACAUUGCCUAACUAGUGCGGAAAAGUAAAUUCUUAUCAACAUUAAUUUACGUUCCCACACUAGUUAGGCAAUAUACUAAUAAGGACAAAAUAGAAACUAAGAGAAGUUUUGCUACAAGAUUAUUUUGUAAAAAAUCUAUAGAUGCUAAAGUUUUGUAAAACGACGGGAUAUUGAUAAGAAAAAAAACUUUUAUAAAACAAAGAAACAGGUGAUGCUCAUUUUGUGUACAAUCUAUGUGAUAAUAGCAAGGCGAACCUUUUAGUAUUAAGGAUCGCACAUAAUUAUGAGGAAAAAAAACGAAUUUUGUGUCAAAGUAGUUGCCUAUAUGAAUUGUAUACGCCAAGGAAACAUUUUUUAACAUGCGACGUGUUACAUAUACAGUAGCCAAAGAACAUAAAGUAGUAAUAGUACGUAUUAGAGCUGUGUAGAAUAUACCUCUGUUAAAGAUUUUUACUUUAUGUUGACCUCAUAAAGUUUUAAAGAUUCGCCAAGUCACAACAUUAUAGAAUAAUGAACGGUCUUGCAUUAUACCAAAAUCCUAUAUCGUUAUACAGCAACAAAACUGUAAAUUGUUCGUCAUGUGCCAUCAGUACGGUGAACAAAUGUGAUGAUUAUUUUUGAAUUUAUUGAGGCAUUUGUGAAAACUUUUUGUAACUGAGUUUUACGAAUAUCUUUUGACAACUUCUUUUAGUAUGCGUAUUUUUAACUAUCUUUUUAAUGCGAAACGUACAUCGAAAUCGAAUCCUAAAAAGACAAGCUUUUUAAUUCUGAUGAAAUAAUAAAGAGCCUAAAAAGUUAGACUGUGAAAUAUAGACUGGAUGUUUAAAAAAAUUGAAAGAAAAAUACUAAGAUUGAGCGAAUGUACAUAAAAUAUUUUAUCAACCGUGACAGUAUUACUUGUGCAUGCGCUAUUGCAAUAUAAAAAUUGAAAUUGUAUCUUUUAUUACUUAAUGGAUAAAAUUUAUCAUCUUGUUUGUGAAAAAUGAUAUGUAGAUAAAACUUUACAACGAAAGAAAAUGGAAAUGUUAUUUAAAUAACAAAAAUAAUGGAUUCUUUCCGAACAAGUAUGAUGAACAAAUUAUUUUACAGGUACACAGUACAGUCUCACAAUCUUAUAUUAUUGAAUACUAAUUUUUAUUGAAACUACAGAUUGAUUUGAUCAAUAAAUAUUAAUUAUAAUUAUAAAUUUAAAAAAAAUGUAACAAGUGCAAUGGUAGAAAUUUUAUUUUUAUAUGAAAAUGAAUGCUAAUCAAAGGUAUUGUAAGGUGUUCAGAAAGUGUAGAGAAGUAAAACUAUAAAUUGCAUGUACACGUUGUGAAUGUACAAACAAUUUGUACUAAGAUAAAGCAUUUUAAUUUAUAAAACUGUUGCCAUCAAUUUGAUGGUUUAAAUGCAAAAUAUAUACGCAUUCUUAAGCCAUGUUAUACAAUUUAAGAUGAAAAAGAAAUAUCAUUCAAAAUCAUUUUGUAAUAAUUGUAUAUUUAUAUAAAUAACCAAAGAAAAAGAUGCAAUUUCAUACGUUUGUACCUCAUUUUGAAUGAUGCAGAGAUGUGAGCCUACUUGUGUAAAAAAAUAUCUGAAGAACAAAAAAUUUAUUGUAAAAUAUUGAAUGGAAAUUGAAUUAUGUAAAUUAA